AUGAGUUAUACGACGCUAUGGAAGCGACUCUCGCCGCGCCAGCUGAACUUUGCUAUACAACUUUUCUCCCUCAUUUCCAUCUUCUUCGAGGGCUAUGACCAAGGUGUCAUGGGCGGCGUUAAUGCUUCGCCUAGAUACGUCACAGAGGUCGGUAUCGGUAAACCAGAUGGCACUGUGACCGACACCACGCACCAAGGUGGCAUUGUCAGUGUUUAUUACCUGGGUGCUAUCUUUGGUUGCUUUGCUGGAGGAUACUUGGCUGACCGGAUUGGUCGUAUCAAUGGUCUUCUGAUGGGUUCAUUUUUCGCCUUGGUCGGUGGGGCGUUACAGAGUGCCGCUCAGAAUUCAGAUUUCAUGAUUUGCGCUCGAGUGCUGACCGGUAUCGGCACUGGAGCUUUGACUGGUAUUACCCCUGUCUUGGUCUCGGAAACUUCAACAGCAGAUCAUCGUGGCGGUUAUUUAGGCUACGUUUUCGUUGCAAAUUACCUUGGCAUAUCAGUCGCAUAUUGGAUUUCCUUCGGUCUCGCUUUCAUCGACAACGGCUACUCGGACGUGCGAUGGCGAUUUUUGCUCGCUUUCCAAUGCGUUCCAGCCUUGAUUCUUCUCUGUUUCAUCAGGAUGCUGCCCGAUAGUCCCAGAUACCUCGCUUCAGUUGGUCGCAAGCAAGAGGCUCGUGAGCUGUUAGAGCACCUUCGACAAGACUCUUCUACCCCUCAGCAAAUUGAUCAAGAGUUCUUUGAAAUUGCUACCUUAGCGGAGGAAGGUGAACGCGACCCUUUUAAAUUCGUAAAGAUCUUGUUCGGGCAGGGUGGAAAGCAGUAUCCGAAUUUGGGCAGGCGAGCUUGGCUAUGUAUCUGGCUACAGAUCAUGGCCUCCUGGACGGGUAUCACUGCUGUCACUGCUUAUGCUCCGGUUCUUCUCCAUCAAGCUGGGUAUAGCACACUUACAAUAAAUGGUCUGGCCGGUGGUAUCAACACAAUUGGUAUUUUUGGCACCCUCAUAAGUGCCCAGAUUGUCGACCGCAUAGGCCGUCGUGUUUGCCUGAUAGGUGGUGCAGCCGCUUUGUUUAUUGUCAACCUGAUUACUGGGGCUGUCUACGAGGGCUCGUUGCAUAAUCCUGAUAAGUCGACUCAGUUCGCUCCCGGUUCUACUGCUAUGUUGUUUUUAUUCAAUCUUGCUUAUGCUGCGACGUGGGGUACUGUCGCAUUCUUGGUGCCUACGGAAAUAUUUCCCAGCAAUCUGCGAGGCCAGGGAAAUGGCUUCGGAAUCACCGGUUGGGCUAUUGGUGUUGGCAUGACAACUCUAGUAAAUCCGAUCAUGUUCGCUGCUCUAACUAGCCGCACUUACUUCCUCUAUGCCGGCCUUAAUUUGCUCUGGAUCCCCGUUAUUUAUCUCUUCUACCCGGAAACAUCUAAUCGCUCCCUGGAAUCAAUCGAGCAAUUGUUCUCCACACCCAGUCCUUUCUUCUGGAAGAUGGAACAGGCAUUUGAGUUACAUGGUAAUGUGUUGGCGGAACGCGGAUUCAGUAAAAAUGAUGGUUUCAAUGAUGAUGAGAAUGAGCCGGGGUCAUUCGAGAAGUCAGAGGAGCAGAUGAUUGCCUAA